CGUACGAGGAUGUAAACACGGCGGCCAAGCAAUACUGAAACUUAACUUACCUUCCCUGCAAUUUGCAACUGAAACCAAGUGGCGUGCCUGAUAUCCUACCACGAAGUAUUACGGUUGGUUUGAUUAAAUUGGGAAAGUUUAAGGAAUGCUGAUGCACUAAUUACGCCAAAGGAAGACGAAUUUUUUACGUACUCUUCGAAGUGAAAUAUAAGUCAGUAUGUCAUGGUUUACUGAUCUUGCUGGCAAGGCAGAGUUUCUGCUGGAAAAGGUUGAUACUGCUGCAGCUUCAGCACUCACAAAGGACCAGAUUAACCAGGACGGGGGUGUAUUCAGUAAAAAUGUUUUUCCAACAAAACCAGUUGCAAGUUCUGUUUCAACACAGAGACCAAUUCCUGCACCGGUUGUCAACCAAGGAGUUGAUUUUGCAAAGGCAGCCAGUGAGAGCAGUGUAUUAGGUGGACCUACAGUACCUAUCAAGUCUCGGCUACCUUCUUCUGGUUCUAGGACACCCCCAAGGGUAACAAGAACAGAAAACAAAAAUGAUGAUAAAUUAUUUGAGUUCCUCAAUAGCAAUGUUCCCACUUCUAAGGAAAGGAAACCUAUAAAACCAAAAUUGGUGACUGAAACAUCAUCUGAUGAAGUUGUUAAAGCUAAUGAUACUUCAUUGCUGGUUCAGCAAGAUGCUCCAGAUGGAAGAAUUAAUGAUGAUGCUAUUGGAAAGAAUUCAAAUACAGGAGAAAAAGACACAAACAUAUCUGAUGGACUGAGACUAGUAGAACCUCAGGCACAAGACAUGCCUCAGCAUGAAGCUGAUCACCGCAGCCAACCUCCUGCUGAUGAUCGUGUGUCCAACCUUGAAUUUGAAAACACACUUCUAAAGAAGGAAGUAUCAUCACUGAAUGAAGAAAUGGUUUCUGUGGUGCAAAGGGCUAAGGAAGCUGAAAGGAGAGUAAAAGAAACAGAGAGACAGCUUCAAAGAAGUCAUCAACAGUUGGCAGCUUCUGAGGAAAUUUCCAGGCAGUUGAGAGGGAAGGAGGAUGAUUAUACAGAGGCACUUAAUGCUAAGGACUCACAGCUGGCUGUGCUCAGGGUCAGGAUACAGGAGUCAGACCAGGAACUGAAGACCAAACAGCAGCAAAUUGAACAGUACCAGUUAGAGAGAGAGAGGCUACUUCAGGAUCACUCAGCAUCAACUGGUGUUCACAGUCAUGCAUUGGACACUCUGAAAGCUAAACUGGAAGAAACUGAGAGAAAACUUAAAGCUGAACAGGAAUCUCAAAAGAAACUCGAGAAAGAGUCCAUGGACAGGCAAACAAAGCUAGAAGAGGGACAAGCAGCCUUGGCCGAGUCACUCAAAACUUUGCAGAAGAGAGUCAAUGAAGAGAAGAAUAAGAACAAUGAGAAUGCUACAGCACUCAAAACAGCAAAAGGAAAUCUAGAAACUGCGAAGCAAGAACUGAAGGACUAUAAAGAUAAAGCAGCCAGAAUUCUUCAGGCUAAAGACAAGGUGAUAGCAAGUCUCCGUGAUGGAAGCAAAGGUGAAGUUACCAGCGGUGUUACUAGUUCAGAAUAUGAAGAGGUCUGUCAUGAGAGGGACAUGUUUAAAGAUGAAGUCAAUCAGGUCAAGUACAAAAUGGAGCAACUCAAGGCUGAUUUACAGGACUUGGAACAGCAGCAACAAUCCGAGGCAGAUCUUGCUCGAGAGAAAAUGGAAGAGUUAGAGAGUGCUCUGGAUGACGAAAAAAGAAAAAAAGACGCCUGUGAACAACAAAUUCAACAGCAUCUCCAAGACCUGCAUCAGGCCCAAGAUGAGAUACGAGGAAUCAAAAGCAGCUUUAUGAGCCAGUUACAGGAGAGGGAAAAUGAAAUUCAGAAACUUAGAAAUCAGCUUGCAACCAAGGCACUUACGUCUACGAGUGAAGAAGAACUGGGAAACCGAGUCCGAGCGCUGACAGAAAACCUCAUUCAGAAACAAACACUGAUUGAGGCUCUGAGCACAGAGAAGAACUCCUUGGUUUUACAGUUAGAGCGGCUGGAGAAGCAAUACAGAGAUGUACAGGCAUCUACGUCUAAAAUGAUUGCCGGCUCAUCAGCAACUUAUGACGGUUUUGAUGACAACGAUGAAAAUACGCUGUCACGUGUGAGAUCAAUAUCGUCCAUUAUGCCCUCACAACUUAACGACUCCCGAAAAGUUAAACGAGCUGUUAAUGAAAUCGACAAGUUCAGUAUAAGACUUGGUCUGUUCCUCAGAAGGUAUCCCAUUGCACGGCUCUUUGUCAUCAUUUACAUGGUGUUGCUUCAUGUAUGGGUCCUGGUUGUUCUUCUCACCUACCAACCCGAGGUUCAUACAACCAGUUCAGUUCGUCUGCCUCAACCUCCUAAUCCUAACUAGCUCUCAAGCGUCACACGAAUAAAGGACACUAUUUAUUUCGAUGAUAAUCCUGAAAAACUAGCAAGUAAUAAUCCGGUGGCCGGCUUAUUACAAAAGGAAACCAUGGACGAAUGUGAAUAAAAGCCUUCUGAGGAAACAACAAUGAGGGUCACGAUACUGAAGAGAUAGAAAGGUAGAGAACUGUUGAUUCAGCACAGAUUACUUAUAUUUAAAAACUUAAAGCUUACCCGGGCAGGUAGUCAGGUCACACUUGGAAUAAAUUCUGACUUUCUUUUAAUUCAGUGUACGAAGAUGAAUGAAGAGAGACAACUUGUUUUAUUGAAAUUGGAAAGAUAAAGAAGCUUGCAAGGUUGGCUGUGAUUAGAAUUUCACAGCGUGUACAUUGAUCACGAAAGAGAGUUUCUAUAUAAAUCAAGUUGCGCCAACAGGUAGACAGUUUACAUGUAAUAAGUUCUACAAAAACAAUCAUACCGAUCAGAUAAGGAUUUUUUUUCUAACACAAACAUAAUUAAAAUCUUUUCGAAAAGUAAUUCCCAACAGGUCAGCUGAAACUUAACGGGCUAACAAUGCACUUAAAAUAUCUGUUUGUCGACACAACUGGUUGAUGCUUGGAACUGUGGCUUCGCUGCAGGAUCCAAGCCUUCUUUGAUUUGAACUCGCUCAAGGAUUUAACCGCAAAAAUGAGUGGCUGAUGAGAGAUAGAACGCUCCCAUGGAGGAGGAAUACAGAUUGCGUGAGUUGCACGUGGUGAACUGUUUGACCCCAGCUUUCGUGGCUCGGAUAGUGUAUUAAUUUGUCCCCCUGUUGACCUAGCAUUGCGUUCGAUUAAAUACAAUCCCUGUUUUCAAUUUAAGUGAUAUUUCAGAGCAUUACAAGCCUGAGAAUGCAUCAGUGCUCGACACUGACGUUGAUCAAAAGUUCCAACUUUCCGCCUCCUCUCGCAGUCUAUCAGUUGUGUUGAACUGAUAGACAGAUCUGAGCCAUUCGUGUAGUUUUGCGUCAUUCAUUAUCUCAUUAAGAGUUGUGUUUCCUUGCGGUGAUAUGUCACGACUCGUUGACUCCUUUAAUAUUCCUACCGAUGUGUGUUUCCUCUUGGGAAAGUUUGCUCGCGUCCACCUUGUUGCAGCUCAAAACAGACCUCGUAUUGUAAUCGUAUGUGAAAACAAGGCACGAUGAAAAUGCUUGAUAUCCAUCAAGAGUUUGAAACACAGGCACAGCUUAAUUAGUUCCUUCACUCAAAACCACAUCGUUGAGCUGAAAGCAGCAGGAGUGAAACCUUUCAAUUAUCACAGUCUCCAACAUCCGCGACACCAUGGUGUUCGAUAAGCACUUCUUAAAUUGAUGACAAUAAAAUUUGUUAUUUUU